GGCCGCCACCAGGGGCGCUGCUGUCUCCGUCCUUACCCAUAAGCGGGGGAGUGAGAGGUGCAUGAAAUGGAGAAAAAUGGCGGAUCAUGUGCAGGGCCUUGCCCAGCUGGAGAUCCUGUGUAAGCAGCUGUAUGAGACCACCGACACCGCCGUCCGACACCAGGCAGAGAAAGCUCUGGUGGAGUUCACCAACAGCCCCGACUGUCUCAGCAAAUGUCAGCUGCUGCUGGAGAGAGGCAGUUCAUCUUAUUCUCAGCUGCUUGCGGCCACCUGUUUGUCCAAACUGGUAUCUCGAACCAGCAACCCUCUGCCCCUCGAACAACGCAUUGACAUCCGGAACUAUGUGCUGAAUUAUUUGGCCACUCGGCCAAAGUUAGCAGCAUUUGUGACCCAGGCUUUGAUCCAGCUGUACGCAAGGAUCACCAAACUGGGCUGGUUCGACUGUCAGAAGGACGACUACGUCUUCAGGAACGUCAUCGCUGAUGUGACGCGCUUUCUGCAGGACAGCGUUGAACACUGCAUCAUAGGGGUCACCAUCCUGUCCCAGCUGACCAAUGAGAUCAACCAGGCUGACACGACGCAUCCCCUGACCAAACAUAGGAAGAUUGCAUCGUCCUUCAGAGAUUCCUCCCUCUUUGACAUUUUUACGCUUUCCUGCAACCUCCUCAAACAGGCUUCGGGGAAGAACCUGAACCUGAACGAUGAGUCUCAGCACGGUCUGUUAAUGCAGCUGCUCAAACUCAGCUACAACUGCCUCAACUACGACUUUAUAGGAACUUCCACAGACGAGUCGUCGGACGACCUCUGCACCGUACAGAUCCCCACGUCAUGGAGAUCAGCGUUUCUUGAUUCCUCCACCCUGCAGCUCUUUUUCAAUUUAUAUCAUUCCAUCCCUCCGUCCCUUUCCCCGCUGGUGUUGUCGUGUCUAGUUCAGAUCGCCUCUGUCAGGAGGUCUCUCUUCAACAAUGCAGAACGAGCAAAGUUUCUUUCACACCUGGUGGACGGAGUCAAAAGGAUACUAGCAAACCCACAGUGUUUGCCAGAUCCUAAUAACUACCACGAGUUCUGCCGGCUGCUGGCGAGGCUGAAGAGCAACUACCAACUGGGGGAACUGGUCAAAGUAGAAAACUACCCUGAAGUCAUUCGCCUCAUAGCCAACUUCACCGUCACCAGUCUGCAGCACUGGGAGUUUGCCCCCAACAGUGUUCACUACCUGCUGAGUCUGUGGCAGCGUCUGGCAGCAUCGGUCCCCUACGUCAAAGCCACCGAGCCUCAUCUGCUGGAGACCUACACUCCCGAGGUCACCAAGGCCUACAUCACAUCACGGCUCGAGUCGGUCCACGUCAUCCUCAGAGAUGGGUUAGAAGACCCUCUGGAUGACGCUGGCCUGGUUCAGCAGCAGUUAGACCAGUUAUCCACCAUCGGGAGGUGCGAGUAUGAGAAGACGUGUGCUCUGCUGGUCCAGCUGUUCGACCAGGCAGCUCAGACCUACCAGGAGCUUCUACAGUCCACCAACUCGAGCGCCGCAGACAUCACUGUGCAGGAGGGUACGAGCUGCACACAAAUGGGGAUUGAAGCUCAAGCUUUAAAUUGUCGGUUGACAUGGCUGGUUUAUAUAAUCGGGGCUGUGAUCGGAGGACGGGUGUCGUUUGCAAGUACAGAUGAGCAGGACGCCAUGGAUGGAGAGUUAGUCUGUCGGGUGCUCCAGCUGAUGAAUCUGACUGACUCUCGUCUAGCUCAGGCCGGCAACGAGAGACUGGAGCUGGCUAUGCUCAGCUUCUUUGAACAGUUCAGAAAGAUCUACAUCGGCGAUCAGGUGCAGAAAUCAUCAAAGCUUUAUCGACGACUAUCAGAGGUUCUGGGGUUGAAUGACGAGACGAUGGUACUCAGUGUCUUUAUAGGGAAAAUCAUCACAAACUUGAAGUACUGGGGCCAGUGUGAACCAAUCACCUCCAAGACACUCCAACUACUGAACGACCUCUCUUUAGGAUACAGCAGUGUGAGGAAGCUGGUGAAGCUUAGUGCCGUCCAGUUCAUGUUGAAUAACCACACAAGCGAGCACUUCUCCUUCCUGGGAGUGAACAACCAGUCCAAUCUGAGCGACAUGAGAUGUCGGACCACCUUCUACACGGCACUCGGACGCCUGCUAAUGGUCGAUCUAGGCGAGGACGAGGACCAGUUUGAACAGUUCAUGCUGCCUUUGACGGCUGCGUUUGAAACUGUGGCUCAGAUGUUGAGUACAAACACCUUCAACGAGCAGGAGGCCAAGAGGACUUUGGUGGGUUUGGUCCGAGACCUGCGAGGCAUCGCGUUCGCCUUCAACGCCAAGACGAGCUUCAUGAUGCUCUUUGACUGGAUAUAUCCAGCCUACAUGCCCAUACUGCAGCGAGCCAUAGAGCUUUGGUACCAUGACCCAGCAUGCACCACGCCUGUCCUUAAACUUAUGGCCGAGCUCGUCCACAACAGAUCACAGAGGCUACAGUUUGAUGUGUCGUCGCCCAACGGGAUCCUGCUGUUCAGAGAAACCAGCAAGAUGAUCACAACCUACGGAAAUCGUAUCCUGACGCUGGGCGAGGUCCCGAAGGACCAGGUGUACGGGGUGAAGCUGAAGGGGGUCAGCGUGUGCUUCGCCAUGCUGAAGGCGGUGCUCAGCGGAAACUACGUCAACUUCGGGGUCUUCCGUCUGUACGGCGACGACGCUCUGGAUAACGCCUUACAGACCUUCAUCAAACUACUGCUCUCCAUCCCUCACAGUGACCUACUAGACUAUCCGAAGCUCAGCCAGUCCUUCUACUCUCUGCUGGAAGUGCUGACACAAGACCACAUGAACUUCAUCGCCAGUCUGGAGCCUCAUGUCGUCAUGUACAUCCUGUCUUCAAUAUCUGAAGGGCUCACCGCACUCGAUACGAUGGUGUGCACAGGCUGCUGCUCCAGUCUGGACCACAUAGUGACCUACCUGUUCAAGCAGCUGUCGCGCUCCACAAAGAAGCGUCCCACUCCGAUGGCGACAGACGAUCGCUUCCUCCACAUCAUGCAGCAGCACCCAGAGAUGAUCCAGCAGAUGCUGUCCACAGUGCUGAACAUCAUCAUCUUCGAGGACUGUAGGAACCAGUGGUCCAUGUCUCGACCUCUGUUAGGCCUCAUCCUGCUCAACGAGAAGUAUUUUGCUGACCUGAGGAACAGCAUCGUCAACAGUCAGCCUCCAGAGAAGCAGCAAGCCAUGCACUUAUGUUUCGAGAACUUGAUGGAGGGAAUCGAGAGAAAUCUACUAACAAAGAACCGGGACAGGUUUACUCAGAACCUGUCCGUGUUCAGAAGGGAAGUCAACGACAGCAUGAAGAACUCAACAUACGGCGUCAACAGCAACGACAUGAUGAGCUGACAUUCCACACAGAGGAGUCUUAUCCAGCUGCAGACAGAGCUCACCCCUCCCUCGCUCAUCCACAGCCUCCCUCCCUCCCCCCUCUCUGCAUCAGCCUCCCCCCUCCCUCCCUGGGCCCGGAUGCCUGGGGAUCAUCUCCUCCCCCCGACACGACGUACGGGAUCGUUGAUGAAAUUCAGCGAAUAAACCGCCGUGCGUUGCACCUCCCUCCCUCCCUCCCUCCCCUCUCCCUUCUUGCUCCUUUUUGAUAUAAACAUAUAUAAAUAUAUACAGAUCUAUUUUAAAGCGAUGGUCUGACUCGUCUGGCUGUCCUAACAGUGGAGGUGGGGGGGGGGUCGCAUGUCUAAGCACUCUAAAUCACUCGCAGAGGAAGGAGGGGGGAGUGCUGUGGAUGUGGAAGGAGGCGAGGAAGGGGACGAACACCGGUAAACGUAGUAAUCCGCUUCUGCCUGCCUUGUAUAGAAAAACACACAGAAAAACCAAGUGUACAUUUUUUUUCGUAACAUUUUGAACAAUGUUUAUAAUGAUUGAAUUUAAAAACACAAAGAAGAGUUGAGGAAAAACAAAAAAAACUAAACAAAAAACGGUGUGAUUGAGCUUUUUACAGUGUAGUGAGUUAGUGCAGCUGUCUGUCUGCGUGGGUGGGGAGCGAGCUUUCCACAGGAGCGGGAGGACGGGUGAGGUCUG